GGAGCCCUUGCGGGAAGCGGGAGGCUGCGGAGCGCUGGAGGAUCCCUCUGCCAGGCUUGCAACCAUGGACGCGCCUCGGAUCGGGAACCCCUACCUGGAAGACCCCUUGCUCCAGGCUUACCUGAGAGCCCACCUACCUGCCCAGGUGUUUGCCGAGGUGAACAUUGACCUGGAACGGUUUGGAGCUCGUUUGAGAGAUGAAAUUGACUUCUUGGGCCGUGAGUGUGAGCUAAACCCUCCUAGAUUAUUGCGUUUUGAUGCCUGGGGACAGCGUGUGGACCAAGUGACCACCUGCCCAGCCUGGAAGAGGCUGAAGGACAUCUCUGCUGAGGAGAGCCUUGUGGCUGAAGGUUAUAAAAGGAGAUAUUCCUGUUGGAGCCGUGUUCAUCAGGCUGCCAAGCUGUAUCUUUUUGCAGUAUCUUCUGCUUGCUACACUGCCCCUUUAGCCAUGACUGAUGGAGCAGCAAAAGUAAUUGAGGUAAGCCUUUAAUAUUCAACAGGUGGGACUGCUGGACUAAGCAACUCUUAUUAUUAUUUAAAACCUCCAGGUGUCCUUAGUAUUCAUCUUCCAGGGAAGAUUCCCAGCAGCAAAAAAUGUGGUUGUUUUUUAAUUAUUAUUAUUACUUUUGCAGGAGGUGGAACAGAAACUGUUGCUCGGGAACUUCCAGAUGGCUCCUACAGCCUGCACGGUUUCAAAUGGUUCACAUCAGCUGCUGAUUCAGAUAUGGCGCUGACCCUGGCAAGGAUCGUGGGGCCUGAUGGGCAGAUAAAACAGGGCUCCAGAGGCCUCUCUCUCUUCUACCUGAAGACAUACGAGGACGGGAAGCUGAAUGGCAUAAAAAUAGAGAGGCUGAAAGAGAAGCUGGGCACAAGGGCGCUGCCAACCGCAGAGCUGUUGCUGGAUGGAGCGCGAGCACAUCUGAUCUCUGCAGAAGGCAAGGGGAUACCUUGCAUUGCCGACAUGUUGAACAUCACUAGGAUCUAUAAUGUUGUGUCUGCAGCGGGAAGUAUGAGAAGAAUGAUCGACCUGGCACGGGAUUAUGCCACCAAAAGGGAAGCCUUUGACAAACCCCUGAAGGAUCACCCUUUGCAUAUGCAAACUCUGGCACGGAUGGAGGUGCAAGCCCAAGGAGCGUUCCUGCUGGUGAUGGAGCUCGCGAGACUGCUUGGCCUGGAAGAAACGAAGAUGGCGACGGAGCAGGAGAAGCACAUGCUGAGGCUGCUCACUCCUCUCGCUAAGCUUUACACUGCAAAGCAGGCUGUUGCUGUGAGUUCAGAAGGCCUGGAGUGUUUUGGAGGACAGGGCUUCAUGGAAGAUACAUGCCUGCCUGUUUUGCUCCGGGAUACCCAGGUACUACCCAUCUGGGAGGGAACUACUAACAUCCUGUCCCUGGAUGUUCUGCGCUGCAUUCUCAAGAGCCAAGGAAAAGCGCUGGAUGUCUUUUUCUCCACUGCCCAGACCAAAUUGGAGGCAGCUACCCGACAGUCCGAACUGCAAACCUCUGUGCAAAUAGUUCAGAAUAAUCUGCAAAAACUCAAGCAGUUUGUUCCAAGAAUGGACUCGAAGGGAGAAGCUGAGUGGCAACUUGCAGCGAGAGACUUUGCCUAUUCUCUGGCAUGGAUCUAUGAAGGAGUCCUUCUGCUGGAGCACGCCGCCAGGGCUGGUGCAUCAGCCACAAAUAUCUACGCUGCUCAGAGGUGGUGUCAGGAGGACGACUGCCUUGUGGACAGAGAAGAGAAGGCUGGUUCUUACAGCUCUAAAGCAGUCUCUCUGGAUCAGUCUUUGGUUUACGAUGGCUAUUCUUCUCUGAGAGGAAAACUGUAGCAAAGAAUUACGAACGUGAAAGAAGCCAUCUGGGGAAGGACAUGACCUGGAGGAGAAAGAAGUGUGUACGUGUGCGCCUUUAGGAGAGUCUCCAGUGUUCUUUUCAAAACAGGA